CGUCACUUCCCGUAGUUGUUUAGCUAAAGAAGGAGAGUUGAAUACGUGCGAGCUGACAGGUAAGAACAACAUGUACCUUUCUUAAUGUUUAAUCAUGAAAAAGUCGAUGUUUACACCUUUCUUCUUGUUAAUAUACAGGCAUUUGUCGUGUACGUUUUCAUAUGUUUGCACUGAAUGGCUUCCUAAUAGGAAACGAGCAAACUGACUCUAAAGGGAAAGUGCAAACAAGAUAUCAUCUGACCUCAGGAGUUAGCGCGAGCAGAUGUUGGAUUGUUUUGUUUAUGUUGAACCUCUUAAACUCUGUUAAUCAUCUGCAAGUUUACUAUUUGACUUAUUAAAUCUGUGUUAACGUGACAUAUCUUUGUAGUUUCGCUCUUUGCAUGAUACUUUCUCUUGUUGCAUCAUGUUAGCAUGUCAGGUUAGCUCACUCAGAGCUAGUUUGCCGUACAUGUAACUUAAACAGAGCUUAUUUUUAAAUUUGAUUUUUGGUUUUUGUCUAACAGAUAAUUGUGGAAAAACACACAGCCACGAACCACAAUGUCCAGCAGUGUAAGUAUGACUUUAGGCAUGUUUGUGCUUUGACAUAUGAAGUUUCUCAGACUGAAUUCAUGACUUAAUAACUGACUGCUUUUUUAUUAAUGUUGUCAAAUCUCAAUUUCCAUGUAGGUGCUGUGUGGUCGUGGGAGGUUUGUCCUUUCUCAAACCGCUGGACAUCAAGCUUUAGUCGCCCUCCGUGUGGGCAGAACCAGAACCUUCUCUGCUGCGAGCUCAGAUGAGCCUUAUAUAGCUGUUUCACCUGCAGACUCAGGUGAGUCAAGAAGAUGAUAGUCUAGUAGUAAAGUUGAUUUAGAGAGCGCUUUUCACAGAUAACAAUCACAAAGCACUGUACAUAAAAAAUUCAAAAAAAUGAGAAUAUCAUUGAAAAGUUUAUUUAUUUCCACAAUUUAAACAAUGUCAAGCAUUUAUUAGUUUAUUUUUACAUAAUUUAGGCUUCCAGCUCAGAAAACCCAUGAAAACAAAAACUCUUGUGGGUAAGCCACAAGAGUUCAUAGCUAGGGAAGCUGGCUGUUCACAGAGUGCUGUGUCCAAGCAUAUCAAUGGAAAGUCCAGUGGAAGGGCAAAAUGUGGCAGGAAAAGAUGCACCAGCAAAAGAGAUGACUGUGGGUUUCAACGGAUUAUCAAACAGAGAAGAUUCAAGAAUCGUACAGAGAUUCAGAAAGAGUGGAAUGAGGCGAGAGUCACAGCUUCAAAAACCACCACAUUCAGAUGCAUCGGGGAGAUGGGCUACAGCUGUCGGGUUCUUCAAGUCAAGCCACUUCUGAGCCUGAGCCAACGUAGGAAACGUCUCAACUGGGCCAAGGAGAAGAAGGACUGGACUGUUGGCCAGUGGUCCAAGGUCCUCUUUUCCGAUGAAAGUGUGCCUUUCAUUAGGGAAUCAAGGUUCAAGGGUUUAGAGCAGUGGUUCUCAAGUCCAGUCCUUCGAGGCCCACUGUCCUGCAUGUUUUGGAUGUUUCCCUGCUCCAACACACCUGAUUCAAAUGAUCAGCUCGUUAUCAAGCCAUUACAGAGCUUGAUAACGAGCUCAUCAUUUGAAUCAGGUGUGUUGGAGCAGGGAAACAUCCAAAACAUGCAGGACAGUGAGCCUUGAGGACUGGACUCGAGAACCACUGGCUUAGAAGAAGACGGGUGAGGAACAGAACCCAAGCUGCUUGAGGUCUAGUGUUCCCAAUCAAGGGAUUCCCAACCAAGUAUUGAAGUAUUGACAUAUCGCUUUGAAAGUACCGAAUAAUGAUUGAUUUGAUGUGAUCCUAAUUUCUUUAUUUAUUUUCUGCAAAAACUGAGAAGUAAAUGGUGAUUUCUUCACAGUAUUCUAAUUUUUUGAAUUCCUAUUUUCGUGGGCUUUAUCAGCUGGAAGCCCAUAUUAUGUAAAAAUAAACAAAUAAAUACUUAAAAUCAUUUAAAUUGUGGGCCUUGAAUCUAUAAUCCAUGAAAGGUGAACUUUUUGAAUGUCGUCAGCUUAAGAGUGAUAGGACACAUUUUCUCUUUCCUAUGUACUUUCAGGCCAAAGGACAGUGUGGCCUGAUGAGAACAUGGGACCAUUUGGACCUCAGGACCAGCGCUUUCAGCUUCCUGGUAACGUUGGGUUUGACUGCCACUUGGACGGCAUGGGGGACCAAAAGAAGACUCCAGUCCACAGAACAGUGCCUGAUGUACUGACAGCCCCCAGCAGCGCGGAGAGACAUCAGUUCAUACUCGCUCAGUUUGUUCACGAGUUCCAAGUAAGUUCUUGUAACUAAUGUGAAGACUGAAGUGAGCAUUUAGUCCGAAAACAUUUAAUCUGUUGUUACAGAGUUCAACUCAAGUGAAACCACAACACGCAGUCUUUGAUAUAAGAUUUCCAGACCUUGUUUAGGUUUUAAAUGAGCUUGUGUUUGUUUGUUUUUCCUAUUUUUAGGGCAAACUGGGUCCCAUAUCCACAAGAGUCCACAAAGCCGAACAGUAUUUUAACCAGACAGGCACAGACUGCUCAAUAAACUCUUGCCCUGAACUAUUAAAGAAAGGUGAGAAACUGCUGAUUUUCAUUCACCAACUUUCCCGUCUUUGUCAUCUGCUGAAAGCCUCCUGCAAAAAUCUAUGCUGUGUUUUUUUUCUAGAUCUCGAGCUGCUGUUCCCGUCAGCGCCCACCUCUUCUAUCACAGUCGUGACGGUGACGCAGGGGAGCAGUCGGAGUGAAGAGGUGUCAGAACAGGACAGAGAGGGGCUGCUAAACAGAGUCAGUCUCUACUUUUGAUUGUUUUUUUUUAAGUUUGUGGAUGUGAUGUAAUGUUGAGACAGCUGCUGACCGCACUUUCUCCUAAUUGCAGUUUGUAAGCGGUGCGAAGGAAAUGUGCUUCGCUCUGUGGACUGCGGGCUACUGGGCCGACUUCAUCGACCCAACAACAGGAGCUGCUGUGAGUUCCUCUCUUUGUCUUUGCAACAGUGAACACAAAAGACCUCCUUACAGAUUCUUGACAUUUCACCAGCCCACCACCUGCUCCACGAUGGUCAGAGUUAGCCGACCAAUGCACGCUCUAGCUUUGUGCAUAAAUGCCAACUUAAAUGAGACCUCUUAAUUACCUUAAGAGACCUUAAUUACUCUUAAGACUAUGAGGUAUGUGGUAUAUUGAAAUAAAGUGUAAUCGGCCCAUAUUUUGUGUGAUUUUGCCAGUAAUGACAACUGACAAGGUUAUGCAUCUCUAUCUGGGACUUCCUCUGUCCCUUGGAGAGUGUGAGUCCAAAUAAUUAAAAUAGGGAAAGAAACAAAGAUCAAAAUGGUCAGUGUAACAUUGUGGGACUGACUCUUGUGGAAAAGAUACUUCUUAUCCCAGUAAUAGAUUAUACUUGGGUGUGUGGCCCAGGUAUCUUAACAGCUGCCCAAUUAUAUUUGUUGACCAUUUUUGCAGUUUUCACUGGGGCCCGACCGAUUUAUCGUCAAGCCGAUUAAAUCGGCCAAUUUUAGCCCGUUUGAGACUAAUUGGUAAUCGGCCAAAACUCACCGAUUUUCGCCGAUAUUUUCAGAAAUAAAAUGCGGAGAAUAAGUUUCGCUUCGAAAAUGUUGCGCCAUUUGAGAAGUUCCUCGACUUACCCAGUAGAUGGCGCAGCGACCUCAUGCAGAGUGACGAUCUGAAGCAGGCAGCUCAGGGACGCACAGAGGAGAGUGGUCCGCCUCAACGGUAAAUAAACCAGUUUGUGAAAUAAACAAUAAGACAACAAGUUUCAGUUCAACCCACUUCACGAUGUUCCCCGCUGUGCUGGUCUCGGUCACGCCGAGUUAACGGUGAAGCACCAUGUAAUAUGCAAGCUAAAGUUAGAGUUAGCCACCUGCUAUUAGCCUUGCUACACUGUUAGCCGUGUCAGUAAUAGAAGAAUAAACAACAGCACACAUUACGUGAUCGAGCUACUUCUCUUACUGAGGCAGCUGCAUGUCUCCAGAUGAGACCGGACCAGAACGUCUGAGUAACGUGAGUUAAGACGCGGAGGCACCGAUUGGCGGAGGGGGUGGGGUAGUUGAAAAGGCUUUUCUGGUCCGAGUUUGAUCGGUCGGUCUUCCUGUCGGCGUGAAGAGCAGUAGCCUACAGUAUAUCUACAGUAUAUAUACUUUUUUUAUAACUUAAUAAAAAAUUUAAAAAAUAUGCUGAUUAAUCGGUAAUCAGAUUUUUUUUCCCCUCGCAUAAUCUGUAUCGGCAUCAGCCCCAAAAAAUCCAUAUCGGUCGGGCCCUGGUUUUUACCUCUCUAGAUCUGUCAACUAGUGGAUAAUGUCAUUUUUUUUACCCCUAACUUAACUGUUGUGAGUGACUUUAACAUGUUCCAGAACCAAACCUUCACCGUCUUUUUUCCCCCCGCUAGUUCUUCGCCUCUCCAACGAGUCAAACCACCCUGCAAACAGAAGAAGAGCUGAGACAUUUGGGUUUCCACAUCCAAGCAUCAGGCUCCUGCACAGUUAUCAGCCACGUUCUAAGAGGGACGCCCAUGUUUGUGGGGACUGUAUUCACCAACGCACCCACUCACAGUGCUGCUAUUGCAAGAUUGCAAGGACUCUCAAAUGUACACGAAGACGAUGAAUAGGCUUUUUUUAAUGUAUUCCACUGAACCUUAUACAAACCUAAGGCCUCUAUUUAUAGCUUGAAGGUGCUUGGAACUUGAUGUGUGGUUGUUACUACAUGAUUGUGUUAGUGAAGGGUUGUGUGCAAGGUUUGUCUUUCUGUAUCAUGGACUUGACAGAGACCUCAUUUCUGUGCCUGACUGACAGGAGGUCACGUGACAACCAGGCUGAUCCCGCACCACACCCAGGGAGGAACUCAUAUUUAAAAGGACAUAAAGAGUUGUGUUAUUUAAUAGUAAAGAAACACUUGAUCAGUGUUUUAUAUAAAAGUAACGUGGGUAUGAAACGGAAACCUUUCAAUAAACCUCAGGCAGCUGUAGGAAGCCAAUGUGAAAAAGGUCCUGAUCUCAAUACACCCUAUGAUUUAAAGUGAGCGACAUCAGGCCCUUUGACUUUUGUGUGAUCACUCACAGUAUUUUUUUUUCUCUCUAUAGCAAAAAAAAGAAUAAAAGCCGUAGAAGACGGGAUUUUGUUUCAUCUGAAAGACAGAACUGCUGAACAAAUAAAAGGACUUCUCCCCAGACCACAACAAUGCUGUAGUUCCUGUAGUUAUGUGCGUUUCCACAUGAGCCUUGUCCUCACAUAUUGACUUAGUUUCUUCUCAAUGCAAAGAUACUUUAAAGUAAUAAAGAUACAGCGAAAAAAAAAAAGCUUUUGUUUGAUGAACUUAUUUGAUUUAUUGCUGGACACCUGUAAUUUCCACUUGGCUUGGAUCUGUCUUUUCUAUCUGUUAGAAAAGUUUGAAAAAGACAGAAACUUUGUAGCAUUUUCCUGUUAAACUAAUAAAAUGAUCAGCUGAUCACUUCAACAGUAAUUUAGCUACUAGUCUGAUCAUAGUCUGCAAAAUAGUGUUGUGUCAUUCGCGAAUGAUUCGUUCAAAAGAACUGAAUCUUUUAAAUGAACGUACUGAACCGAAUCACUUCCUCGGGUUCGUUUCUUACUGCAGUUGAGCUGAAGUGAGAAACGGCAUUGACAGGCCGGCAGCCGGCGAAAGAGGGAACACAUGUACCGACGCCUGAAUCACUUGGUGAACGAAUCAGUGAACUACACUCUCUGGAAUCCUUUUUGUCGAACAAAGCCAUCUUUUUUUUCACUGCUAAAUUGCCACCACAACAACUUGCAUACAAUAGGACACAGCAUGUAACAAGUAGUUCUGCAGCAUCUCAUCGUUACAGCGGUUUGCGAGGGAACAGUGUAGGUUCAGUUUGAAUUCUUCUAAAAGUUCAGUGAACGAAUCACUCACUGAGCCCAAUUUACAGAGCAGAUCUGGUAAAUAGCAUACCAUAGGACAGCACACUUAAAACAUCUUAUAAAACAAUUUAUAAACAAGUUCAUUUCAGUUCAUCAGCUGUGUAUCAGUUCAGGAGGUUGGAGUCACAGGCUUCUCCCGCUAAAUGAUUCUGUGAUUUGGUGAACGAAUCUUUUGAACACAUCUUUUUAGUGUACUAAUUCCAGUGAUUCAGUACAUCUAAAAGAACUGCAGUGCCCAUCACUACUGCAAAAUAACAGUAUUUAAAGGAUAUUUAUUAAAUACAAUAUGUUGAUCAACUAGACAUGCUUUAAAACAGACAUAAGAUGUAAAAACAGUUAACAUCUGCUCAAUAAUACUGAUACUUUGCAUAAAUUACUGAAACAUAUUUACAGUGUAAGAGUGGAAAAUGAUGCAGCAUCAGUCAAAUGACAGUAAAUCUAAUUUUUCUAGACAACAGGAUAAAAGUACAAAAUGCAUUUAGAAAACUUAACUACUUUUUUUUAUCAAAGUUAUCCCCAAA